GAGGAACGGAUGGUCGAGGAGGCGUGUGCAGAGUUUUUCAACUUUUUCAGCGAGCGUUUUUCAGUGUCGAGUGGAAGGGAGAAUCUCUUGGUACAUGUAAGUCCAUCCAUCCAUCCGUCCCCUUCUAGACGGGAGGGAAAAAUCCCAAACAAAAACGCGAACGAGCGACACACGCAGCAUCAGUUGGACACUUUCCUUCGUCGCGAUCUUUUUGGACUCCUUUCGAGAAAAACCCACACACGCACUCAACGAAUUUCGGUGGUGCCGUCUGCAAACAAAAACUCUAACAACACACAAAAAAAGUACCUCCUCCGCAUCAUCAUGACGAAACCACAAGAAUGCGACCACUGCAAGAAACCCAUCGAGGGCAAGUGCGUCAACGCUUUAGGUAAAGCCUACCAUCCCAUGCAUUUCGUCUGCGACAAAUGCAAGAAGCCCAUCACCGAGACCGAAUUUCAGCAGAAGGAUGGUAAGCCUCUGUGCAUGAAGGAUUACGAGGAUAUGCUGCCCAAAUGCCACGGCUGCAACAAGAUCAUCAGGGAGAAGGUUGUCAAGGGCAUGAACAAGACCUGGCACGAGGAUCAUUUCGUGUGCAACCUCUGCAAGCAGAAGCUAAUCGGGCAGAGCUACGUGGAGAGAAAGGGAAGACCUGUUUGCGAGAAGUGCUUCAACACCAACAUCGCCGACAAGUGCAAGGGCUGCGAAAAGGUCAUCGACGGUCCUGCUACCGUCGCCCAAGACGCCAAGUGGCAUCCAGAAUGCUUCAAGUGCAAGAAAUGCAAGAACCCCAUCAAGUGUGAGAAGAUCAAAGUGGACACGGAUGGUCUUCCAAUUUGCGACAAAUGCUAAACAUUUUUGAUAAUAUACACACAUCUCAUUUCUUUGUAAUUCGAUACUAAAUUCGCUUUACGAUGCUCUGAUUAACACUUAUUUAUUCUUGUUUAAGUUUUAAUAAAAUUAUUAUUAUGGAAAAAAAAA